AUGCGCCCCGCCUCCGCCUCAUCGGUCGGGAAUACCAACUCUGCCUCCUUCGCUCCGCCCCUCGGAAAAAGUCAAGACAGGGGCCCUGACCCGGGCCCCGGGUCACGGUCAAUCGCGGUCCCCCCGGAGGCUAGGGUCAAGCAGCCCAUGCCGCCAUGGCACUCAAAAAUGGUCCGUAGUGCCGUCACAAGGCAUGGCUGCAGGGCCUCCCCCACUGAGAGGGAGCAGCUAACAGCCGCAAUCAGCUCCGGGCCCCUCAAACAAGCCGAAAGCCGGGGGGCGGCCGAAGCGUCCGAGGCCGGUACCGACUCAAAGAAGAGUUUUGGGGCCCCCAAACGCUUCACCAUUCAAAGUCGUUCAGGCUUCCCAAUGUCGAAGGGGGAAAACCCCAACCAGUGCAGCCUGGACCAUAAAAGGGGCCCCAACCACUACCCUUAUCUGGUAACUGGGGUACCUACAACCCGAACUAUGUGCCCGAACCACUUCGUGUUUCAAGUGCCAAAAACGGUCACCCCCAAGGCCAACUGUACAGCCAAGCCCAAAUGUGUGUCUAAACAAGGCACACAACACAGAGGAUGCCAAGGGAAAACAAAGAUGAAAAGAGGGACACAACAGCCAAAUGUUCCCAAAAAGUUUCCAAAACAACAUCCUGGACCUGACUUGCUCGUCAGAAAAAGGCGGCCCUCACGACAAAGCAGUAGCAAACAGCCUUGGAGUCGAUUUAGAGCCGAAAGGCAGUUCGGUCGCCCAGAAAGCAGACCAGAAAAAAAGCCCACCUUGCCCAGCAAGGCAGCAAGGCCAGCCAAGGAAAAGCCUGAGAAAAGCCGAACCAACCAAAGUCAGAGCUACCAAAGCUCUCCAAACCCCCCUGGACCAAGGAAGCCUUUACAACAGACGAGAGCCCCCAAACCCACGAGGGCCUCGCAAAGGAUUGUUUCCAUGCCUUUACACGCCACAACACCUCAAAGAGGCUUGUCACCCUUAGCAACGCAUGUCAAGGAGGGUCCAGACCUCACCCGGCCACUGCGCCUGGUGGGGGGGAAAUUGGCUGGGGUCGAUGAGACCGCACAAGUGACCAUUACGGCACAAAAACACCCUCAUGGAUCUGGCCCACCCCGAAAUCAAGACCAAAUCAAGAUGGAAAACGAAAAAGGCCAACUGGCUGUCACGGCCAAGAAACUGCCAACAAGUCAGGCAGGAAAUUUGCUGAAUGGUGUGAGUCCUUCGCCCCACCAAACCACCCUUUCAGAGCGUGGCACGGUCAAGCGGCACCCCGCUCACCCCGAGGUGAAACCCAUCACGACCCCAAGCGAGGCUAACAGACUGGCGCACGAUUCUCUGCGAAAACGAGCACCCAACAGUCUGCCACCCCGAGCUGAGGGGGUGCCAGAAACAUCUCGUAUGCAGACGAUCUCGCAUCACCUCCACUGGACCACGCACCAGAUAAAGCCCAGCGUUUUCGGACCUCGUGUCGAGGAGUUGGGUUUUGGAAGGGGCUAA